AUGGAUCAAAAUCAUAAACUAGGGUCAUCUCAAAGUGAUUUUCUUACGGAUCCAGAGCGUUAUAGACGUCUUACUGGUCGCCUUAUAUAUCUACUUGCGACCCGUCCUGAUCUCGCUUACUCCGUACAUAUCUUAUCACAAUUUAUGCAACAACCAAGAGAAGAACAUUGGUCUGCUGCUUUGAAAACUGUUCGCUAUCUAAAAGGGACUGUUGGACAAGGUAUUCUACUCAGGGCCAAUGCUACGUUUUCCAUUACCGGCUGGUGUGAUGCAGACUGGGGAGCAUGCCCUACUUCUCAUCGGUCUCUAACCGGCUGGAUAUUUCAGUUUGGGACUUCUCCCAUUGCUUGGAAGACUACAAAACAAGAUGCUGUUUCUUUAUCAUCAACAGAAGCAGAGUUCCGUGCGAUGAAAGCAAUAACACAGGAACUGAUCUGGUUGAAGGAGCUUCUCCGAGAAAUGGGUGUCUCGCAUCAGGAGCCAAUGACGGUCUGUUGUGAUAAUAAAUCAGCCUUACACAUAAGUGCCAAUCCAGUACUACAUAAGAAGACGAAGCAUAUGGGAAUCAUUUGUCAAUUUGUUCGAGAUGAGAUAAUCAAAGGAGUUAUCAAAACAAUUCAUGUGUCAACAUACGAUCAGCUUGCAGACAUCUUUACCAAAGCUUUGGGACGCAGGGAGUUUGAUUCAUUUCUUCUCAAGUUAGGCAUUAAUAAUAUUCAUGCUCCAACUUGA